GUGAGCUUAGGCUUAUCUAAAAUGUGACACUCCAGAAAAAUGCCUCCUUUUACCAUUUGAACAUAUUUAGACUUCAUACAAUUCUUGCGCUUAUUUCUCUCCGCUUUUUUUCCUUCUUCUUCUUUUUUUUCUAAGCCUAAGGAUCCGCUGACCUCAGUUGAAGCAACCAGAUCGUGGAAAAGCUGAAUGCACUGCGGGAUAUUUGCUGAAAGCGGUCCGUCCUCGCUGCUGCGGCCGCGCGGAGCCAUGCUGCGCCGCGUCCUGACCCUGCUGCUCCUCUGCUGCGCUUUACGCAGCCUGGACGCGCUGGAAGCGAACGGGAGCGCGGAUUCCUUAUCAGACAGCAGGAUGCUGCCAGAAGAGCAAGAGAAGCUGGACGCUUCCUCCCCGGCCAGGGAUGCGAGCACCGCCGCUCAGGACGCGGACGGUCAGCGGGGAGAGGCGCAGCUGGCAGCCGGAAGGGACGCGCCUGGCGCAGCGGCGGCUCAGGAGACCACCGCCGCCCCUCUGGAGGAUGAGCAGGACAACCAAGAGAAUAUAAUCAGUCAGUUGCUGGGUGAUUACGACAAAGUGAAAACGGUCUCGUCGGGGUCCGACUGUGUGUGUCGCUGUGUUGUCAGGCCAAUCAAGCGAUCCGACUGCAGCCGUAUCCAUGACGGCGACCCGAUGUCUCCGUCCCAGGAUUUUUACACAGUAGAAACCAUUACCAAGGGAACAGACUGCAAGAAGUGUGUGUGCAUGGCGCCGCCCACAGCUGUCAACCCCUGUGAGGGGGAGUACAGAUUUAAGAAACUACAGGAGGCCAGCAAGGAUGACAUCAAGCUGGCAACGAUCAUGGACUUGCUAGAAGGUUCUAUGUAUGGAAUGGACUUGUUGAAGCUCCAGUCUGUCACUACCAAGCUGCUCAGCAGAAUGGAAAACAUGGAGAAGGCUUUCACUCGAAAUCUCACUGAAAGAGUGAGAGAGAAAGAGCGAGCAAAGGACAAAGUCAAAGACAAGGACAAGGACAAAAAGGCCCAGCAGAAAAAGAAGAAGACUAAUGAUCUGGAGUGUGCCGGAGGUAAAAAUGGAGCAGGUGUCUACACCCACAAGCAGAAGACAAAUGAAAUUCAGUUGAAGAAAAACCAACAGCAAGAUGGUGUGGAGCAACAAGCUCAGCCGAGUAAGAAUACGACUGCAGCUCAAAGCCCGAUCAAAGAAAAUCCAGAGCCGAGACAGCCAAUCAAAGACAAGAACAUGGUCAUCAGGGAGGUGACCUUUUACAAAGCAGAGGAAGAAAAAUUCAAGGAGGAUGAAGAGGAUAAGGACACCACUGGAACUGCGAAGGCUUCUGUGGACUUGCUCAUCUCGGACCAGGUUCCCCCGACCCAGCCUCUCCUCACUGAGAGACCAGGACCUGUUACUGGAGAACCAGACCGAGUAUCUACAACCACCGCUAAACCAGAAGCUUCCACAGCGACCAGCCAGCAACACACAGAGGGAACGACACCCCCUCCCUCCACCGUCAAACCGACUGAAUUACCCACCACGACAACUCCAAUACCAACUACAACCAGACGCACAACUACAACCCAGAUAACUACAACUACCACGAAUCCCCCUCCACCCACCACACCUGCCAGCCAACGGACCACUUCCUUAUCGGGCACCAGCGUCGGUUCUCCCACUGAACCUGUUCCCACAGCGGCGCCUCAGCCGAAGCCCAGAAGUCGCCUCAGCUGGACCGAGAGUCCCGCCGAUCAACCAAAGACCACGAAAAAACCAGGAUUGUGUAAGGACACCGUUGCCAGCAUCUCAGAGCCGGUCCAGCAGAACUCCUACGGCCUCAGUGACGGCGCCUGGAUGAGAGACGCCCGAGGCCAUGGAAGUGUCAUCUACCUGACCAGCGGUCACUACGGCAACAUCUUACAGGAGUUUCGGGACCUUGACACCCUCAAAUCAGGUCAGCCGAGUAAUUCCUACAAGCUGCCCUACAGUUUCACUGGAACUGGCCACGUCGUGUUUAAUGGGGCGCUGUUCUACAACCGCGCCUUCAGCAGGGACGUCAUCAGAUACGACCUUAGACACAGAUUUGUAGCGGCCUGGACCACUCUCCACGACGCUUUACUGGAGGAGCAGGCUCACCGGACGCAAACUGAAGUGGAGUUUGCUGUUGACGAGUCGGGCCUGUGGCUGCUGUACCCGGCUCUGGACAGCGAGGGUUUCCAUCAGGAAGUCAUCCUGCUCGUCCACCUCAACCACCGAGACCUCCAGACGAUACGGAGCUUCCGCACGGGGCUCCGGCGCGGCCGCUACGGCAACAGCUUCCUGGUGUGCGGCGUGCUGUACGCCGUGGACAGCGUGGAGCGCCGCGACGCCAACGUGACGUACGCCUUCGACACGCACACCUUCACGCACACCGUGCCGAGCCUGGCCUUCACGAACGUGCACGGACACACCGCCCAGCUGAGUUACUGCCCGCUGGACAAGAAGCUGUACGCGUGGGACGACGGACACCAGAUGACGUAUGACGUGAUAUUUGCCUAUUCGUAGAACUGAGGACUCAAAGAUGGAAGAAACAAUCCGAAGAGAUCAGAACAUCAAAGGCGAAGCAAUAUGUGAUCAGAAAUUGUGUGUUUGUUUGCUUUUGACUGUGGAUCGGUCAGGUUCUGUGUUCAGCGCGCUGCUGCUCCAACACAACAGAGUUUUUAACCGGCAGCGAAUAAAUCAGGAAAAAAAAAAGGUGCUUCUAAAACCCCACAGGCAAUAUGAACGAAUGUAUUUAUACGUGCACACGUUUCACAUUUUACUCUGCGUCAGUAAAUGGAACUCUGUUUUUUUUAAAUGAUUUGAGCAUAACCGUGUAGCAUGUUCAGACUGUGGUGGAGAAAUCACAGAGUUCACACACAUCCCUGCACAUUAACCUUAAAAAAUAUGGUUCUAGAUUUAAAAAAGAAUGCUCCAUAUUAUUGUUGUUAUUUGAGUGAAUCUUAUUUUGCUGAAAAUAACUGUGGUGGACAGAGCCAGACAACAAAAGUCAUGAGGAUCAUGCGACUGUCGUGUUCUUGUGAAACGCCACAUUAUCAAGUUUACAGUCUCGUUUCGUGGCCAAAGUCCAUGUUGAAUGUUUCCAAAGCUGUAUGUUGGCUUAAUGUCCUCUUAUGUUUAUAAGAGUGGUAAAUUGAUUGACUAAAAUCCUUUUCACACCAGUACACACUUCCUACUGCUUUUCUUAUAUUUCUAUAAAGAAACAAGGACAAUGUUUAUUUUUACUGCUUCAAA